CCUUCCAGCCCCGCUCACCGUGCCGGUACCGCGCCGGGGCGCCCUUCCAGCCCCGCUCACCGUGCCGGUACCGCGCCAGGGCGCCCUUCCAGCCCCGCUCACCGUGCCGGUACCGUGCCGGGGCGCCCUUCCAGCCCCCCUUACCGUGCCGGUACCGCGGCCAGCCCCGCUCACCGUGCCGGGGCGCCCUUCCAGCCCCGCUCACCGUGCCGGGGCAGCCUCUCCAGCCCCCACCGUCCCGGUAGCGCUGAGCUUGGUGUUCCCCCCUCACUCAGGGCCUGCGCGGGUGCCCGUGGGCUGGCUCAGCCGCCGCCCGUGGCCGCGCUGCUCCCGAGGGCGAGGCCCUUCGGGGCACUAAUGGAGCAAGCCCUCAAGUACAGCGUCCGCAGGGCCGUGGGGCUGUGGGCCGCGAGCCCUUGGCGGUGUGGGGUGAGGCGCAGCUCCACGCGGGAGCGGCCGCCCCUGGCCCCGCCGGCCGCGGGUCGGGCUGGCGGCGGUCAGCUUCCCCCAGCAGCCCUCCCCGGGGGUCCUGGGGCCAGGGCUGCUUCCUCUCCGUCCUCCGAGGGCCUGGCCCCGCAGAGGGCACAGGAGCGACAGCCCAGUCCGGGCGGCUCCUCGAAGGCGAGGAAGAGGCUGGCAGGAAAACCUCUGGUCGUUGAGAGGACCAGAGGCUCGGAGAUCUUAUUUGGGAUCGCGCCGUGUUCCAUGGCCCUGUCUCAGUCAAGAAGGGACCUGUUCAGGUUGUUCCUCAAGCAGAACAGCGGCUCUCGGCAGCUGGUCAUGAGUGAGCUUGUCCUUCAGGCCAUGGCCCAGGGAGUCCCCGUGCACCACGUCCACGGGAGAGAGUUGGAUGCUCUUUGCAAGGGUCGGGUCCACCAAGGAGUUUGUUUGGAGGCCACUCCUCUCCCUUUCAAGAGUUUGGAAGAAGCUGAAAAGCUCGAUUUGGGACAUGAAGAGAAUCCAAAGCAACAGCUGAUUUGGCUGGCGCUGGAGCACAUCCAGGAUCCCAUGAACCUGGGGGCAGUGCUGCGCUCUGCCUACUUCUUAGGAGUGGACAGGGUGGUGACCACCCAGAGCAACAGCUGCCCCUUGACUCCAACAGUGAGCAAAGCCAGCUCUGGAGCUAUGGAAGUCUUCGAUGUCUACAGCACAGAUGAUCUCCAGAGCUUUUUGAAGGCUAAAACUGCAGAAGGCUGGGAAGUGGUGGGGACUGUCAGCAAGCCUCAGGAUGUGGAAGAUGUUCCUGUCAUCAGCUGCUCGGAAUUUCAGUGGAAUAAACCUAUUGUUGUAGUAAUAGGUAGUGAAGGAGAUGGGCUUUCCCUGGAGACACAGCUGCUGUGCCAUCAGAUGUUGGCCAUACCCCCUGGCAGAGCCCUGCACCCCGGCAUCGAGUCACUGAACGUCUCUGUUGCUACUGGUAUUCUCCUGCACUCCAUCUGCAGCCAGAAGCUGAGGCACAGGGGCUGAAUGCUGCUUUAUUUGGUGGGGGAGCUGCUUGAUGUUCCAUGGCUGUGCUCUGCUGCUCUGGGUAUGGAAAUGCUCUUUCCAGGAUCUUCACUGUUGCUGCAAGUUACAGGGAGAGUCCUGGUGACCUGAGCUGCAUCUUGGCUGACACACAGUGCCACCAGAACCCUGGUUUAAGGCUCAAGUCAGCCAGCCACAUGUGCUGGGUGGCAGAACUGGAGUUUAAAAGCAAACACUCAGAUCUUUCAGUUCUUGCAAUCAAGUGCCUGGUGAUGGCUGCAAGGGGAGAGUUUGGGCUGUAGGUACGAGCAACCGUGCCUGAGCCCACCACUCCCUCAGCAGCCAGGUCUGGCUGGGGACUGCUCAGUACCAAACUGUUCAUGAUGAGGUGGUUUCUGGGUUCCAUGUGCUUGAAUCAUUAAAAGCACCUCAUAUUGCAUCUGGUUGCCAGCCAGGUCUGCAGCCCUGCUGAAGGAUGGACAGGAGCUGUUAGAGAGCAGCUGUACGUGGGGAAAAGCACAGCCCACUGCAAUAAAGCCUCUGUGAAACCUG